ACUUCUCCUUGGCUUGAGAUAUUUCAAGGAAAUCGAGCGUGUGUGCAAGUUGUCAGAGCACUCGUCUCUCUUGUCCAACUAGAAAAAUGUCGACGCAAUCCAGCAACCCCCCUACCAAAUAUGGAAUCAUACUGUUCCCAGACUUCCAGUCUCUUGACGUGUUCGGCCCGCUUGAUGUCCUGAACGUGCUGUCGAGGACGGUUCCCUUCCAGCUGUCCAUCAUCGCAGAGACCCUAAGUCCUGUGUCUACAAAGUCCGACUCUCCAGGCGGUGCAACUAUUGGCCAGUGCGUCGUACCUACACACACCUUCGAGAACGCGCCGGAGGAUAUCGAAGUUCUCAUAGUUCCAGGCGGCAAAGGAACGCGCGAUCUCGAGGCAACCCAGCUGAUCGUCGACUACGUACGAAAGGCGUACCCCAAGCUGAGGUACCUGUUUACCGUAUGCACCGGCAGCACGUUGGCAGCGAGAGCCGGUAUAUUGGAUGGACACGAAGCCACCUCGAACAAGGGGUCCUUCACCUGGGCCACUACCCAAGGUCCCAACGUGAAAUGGAUACACGAAGCUCGCUGGGUGACGAGCGGCAACAUCUGGACGUCGUCGGGCAUUUCGGCCGGCAUCGACAUGAUGUACGCUUUUGUCGCGGAUCAAUUCGGGGAAGAUGUGGCGGCGAGGAUUGCCAUUGCCUCGGAAUAUACAAGGAAUAUCGAUCCCAAGAGCGAUCCUUUUGCGCAAUACUCGCGUUAGAAAUGGUGCGCGGAUAUUUGGUUUCAACGUCGUGGGAAGCCACCAUGGGAAUUUCGAUAGAUUCAAGAUACAUACGCUCGCGCCUGACUGAUUAAAGGCGAGAUGAAUUCUUUGC